AUGAUGGCACUGCCCACCAUCAAGUGCACGAAGAAGAAUCUCAAACGAUACAAGCGCGUACGUGUCGAAUAUGGCCACAAGCAAGACAUUAUCAACUACAUACAAGGCGUCUACACGCCUAAUAAGGCGUUGGACUACUUCUACGGCACUUUAACUGAUAAGGAGCGCCGGUCAAAGCAGCAACUUAUCAGCAAAUAG